AUGCUUUUGUCUGCAGAAGCCAAGAUAAAUCUAUUCAAUCUCAUUAGUAUCUCCACCCUUCUACUCUAUGUUGGACGUAAUUAUCGAAGCAUAAUCAGAGGUGACACCUACCAUAAUAUCGCAAAAUGUAAACAUUUCCACAGGUCAAUUUUGCGGUAUGAGCUAUUUAAUAUUCAAGAACAAUGUAAGAAUGAUAUCAGGUUUAGAUUUUUAGAACCUUCUGAUACUCUUCAAGGUCAAAUGUGUGUGCGUGAAAAUUCAGGCCGAUUUCUUCCGCAAAAAAACACAUGGCACAUGAGGUGCUCUUCAUACAAAAGUACAUUUUCCAGCUUUGAGUUUUACCUGUUAAUUUUUUUAAAAAUUAUUCUAACACACAACUCCAGCCCUAUAAAUAUAUUUGAUUUAAAUGCUAAAUUCACGUUUGGACGAUUAUUCUGUAAUAAAACUGUAUACGGUUUAAUGAGAUGCCUGAAAUUAUUACCAAUUUCAAUGGCAACAAAAAUCGCCUCAUUUUUUAGAAAUCCUCUUCAUUUUUAUGUUUUUAGCGAGUAUUUAAUAUUGACGAAUAUGACAAUUCUAAAAAGAAAUAACUUUUACCAUUUUAAAAUAUUUAGAUCACGACUCAGUUAUUAUUCAAGUUGA